CCAGCGUGUAGAACGCGACCAGCCGAAGCCGGUGGAAUUAUCUCUUUUUUAUCUUCUCGUCGAUACGUUUAUGGUUUCGUAGGCAGCCGAAACGAAAAGAUGGACGAAGUCUAUUUAGAGAUCUAUUCGGUGACGGAAGUCUGCUUGGCACCCAUAGAAACCGUAGUGACUUUGUUCACCGUAAAGUACUGCGACUCCAAGAUAGGCAUCAAACUGGUUCCCAGCGAACGAAAACCUUUGGAACGAGCGUACACCACCGACGUGUCCUCUUUCGAUUACAAAGUCGUGGACACGAACAAGAUUCCUAGCUACGCGAGUUCCUGCGAGCUACCGACCAUCGUACUGAACAAGACGAGUUGCAUCGCCGGUCUUUGCGCGAUUCUGCGCCAAAUAGUCAAGGACGCGAUCGCGGCGUAUCCCGAGCACCGCUGCCGAAAGCUGUUGGGAUUGAAGAACUCGUGUCUGACCGCCUGUUCCGAGGCCAGCGUCUGGACAAAGUUCUGCGAGGUCGACCUGAUACUGACCUUGAAGUUUUUGCAGACCGACGACGCGAUACGCGACCAACUGCCCUCCAGCAUGGCGAGGUUCGAGUGUCACAUGCUGCAGCCGGUCAGACUGCACAACUUGUACAAGUACACGAUGUCGAAGAAGUUCGCCGGCGACGGUCGUCUGCCCGAGCACACGUACGCCGAGGGUUCCUACGUCACCCUGGCCGACAUCAUCAUAUUCGUUUGCAUGCACAUCCUGCUGACCGUAUUUUCGGGCGACUCGACCCUCCGAUUGCUUCCGCUGACCGCCAGAUGGUACGAAAAGAUGACGGAGGAUCGGGCCAUCGUCGAUUGUACGGAACGUCUGCUGGUGGCGAAAGACCGCGCUACGAACGACAUCGAUUACACUCUUCCCCGAGUAGCGAACCAAAGUUUGUACAAAAGCGACCCGAAAAGGUACAAGCCGAAAAGCCGGAUCUACACCAGGCAAGACGACGUGGAGCAGUCGUUGGAGUUGUUCAGAAGCUUGAACAUAGAGACCAGGCUGGACUCGGAGCCCUUCGCCGCGGAACUGAAUCUGGACUGGUCCUCGGUGCCUUUCGACGCGACGCCGGAAGGCGGCUCCUUGCCUCCCGCGAGGCUCAAGAGGAAACAGGAACAAUUGGAGAACAUGUGCAAGCCCGUCGUGAAACUCGCCAAGCGAGGAGACGCGAUCGUGGACUUUUGUUCGGGCAGCGGUCAUCUGGGCAUCCUUUUGGCGUAUCUGCUGCCUCAUUGCACCGUUAUACUGCUAGAGAAUAAGGAGGAGUCGUUGAACAGAGCCAAGGAGAGAGUCCGGAAGCUGAACCUUUCCAACGUGCGAUUUUAUCAAUGCAAUUUGGACUAUUUCACGGGAGAAUUCGAUAUAGGUCUGUCGUUGCACGCUUGCGGCGUCGCAACCGAUCUGGUUAUAGAACAGUGCGUCAGGAGGAGGGCGAGCUUCGUCUGCUGUCCCUGCUGUUACGGCUCCCUGCACGACUGCCAUCGCUUGACCUACCCGAGGAGCGACGCGUUCAGAAAGGGCAUGCAUCGAGACAAUUACAUGGUGCUCAGUCAUGCCGCGGACCAAACGCACGACGAAAAGAACGCGAAGACCAAGCAGGGUUACGAGUGUAUGGCGAUCGUCGAUACCGACAGGAAGAUCGUAGCGGAACAGUACGGAUACAAGGUGUACUUUUCGAAAUUCAUACCGGAGACCUGCACGCCCAAGAAUCAUAUACUCGUGGGGAUCCCCGGGAAAGAAACGCCGGAGACGGAGCGCGCGAACCGAAUGUACGACAGAUUAUUUUAACGCCCAUUUCUUUUCUCUUUCUUACGAUUCUCGACUUUGAGCAGGCACGAUCUCGCUCGUAUCGUCGAUAACGAUGAAAAACAUCGGAGAACAACGUCCCGUAGACGGUUUACCUCAUCCGAUCCUACACAAUUCUGUUUUCUCCGACAUAUUUUUCUAUCGUCGAUACCGAGCGAGAUAUACUUUAAAGCGUCGGAGGGGAUAUCCUGCGCGGCGCGCAUCGUACAAUUUCCCACGACGGCACGGUGGUUCGAACAGGCAUCGUCGUCCACGUUCGAACCCAAGAUUCGCACGUUCUCGCGUCUCACGAUCGGCAACACGGAGACACGUAGGAUAGAAACGUUGCACCCCCCGCGAGAAGUGUACGCGUCUCGAUUUUUUUUUUAUUAAACUCGCACGAUUUUUAACGUUUUUGUUCUUUUUCGACGACUCGUUGGUUUUUUGUACUCGACAGAAAUCGCAUACUAUUCUUGUUACCGAACGAAUAAAAGGGAGAACUUUACUUACCCGAGCAGCAUCGAAGCCGCGUUCCUUCUUCUUCCGUUUCGCUCCGAUCGUUCCACGGCAACCAGAUUCCUUUACGAUCCAGCGCGACGACGAGAACGUGUUACAUUACAGCGCCAGUUUUCUUAAUAAUUGUACGAAGAGACUUUUCUUUUUAUUGGUAUGUACAAAAAAAGGGAAAAAGAACGAUGAAGUAUACAAAUUAUUAGCGUU